CCAACGUGGCAGUGGACGCGUUGGAUGGAGGCACUGUGUGAGAAGAUGUGCGGCGGUUUCCAGUCCAUAUCCUGAGUGGUUGUUGAUGUUUUGAUGAGGAGCGAACGUAAAAUAUCUCGCGAUGUUGGUUAAGAUUGUGGCUGUAAUUACCGUUUUGUUAAUCCAAGAUGUGUCUGUGGCAUCCGCUCGUCAAGUUAAGAUGAGAAUGGUAAAUGAACCAAUAAAUACAGGGCAGAAUUGGGGGACAAAUGAGCAGGAAAGCCUGAAACCCAAAGUCAAACCAGCCAAUUUUUCAGGUCCUCCGCAUCUGAAGAGAUUGGUGGGAAGAUGCUUCUCAAAAACAAUUAACUCGUACAAAUAUGAGCUGUGUCCCUUCCAGAACGUAACUCAACAUGAACAGAGCUUAAGAUGGAACCCGUAUAGUGGUAUUUUAGGGAUUUGGCAAGAAUGGGAAAUAGAAGGCAACGUCUUCAAGUCCAUGCUGAUGAAGGAAGGCGACGCGUGUAUGAGCAAAAACAGAAAAGUCACAGUUUCGCUCAGGUGCGGUGCAUUGAACUCCAUUGCCAAUGUGUCCGAGCCGUCCACCUGUGAAUAUUCCAUGGUAUUCAUCACUCCGUUAGUGUGUCAUCAGCAUUCAUUGCUUGUUUACCCAACCCUCUCUGAAUCACUUCGAAGCAGAUGGGAUGAAAUAGAAGGCGAAUUAUUUAAUGAGGAAAUCACAUUGCAGGGUUACCAGAAGAAGCUGACACAAAUCUUUCAAGACGCCGGCUACGUUCUCAACGCCUCAAAGAAAGAACAACUCAUGAACGCUGUUAAGGGUGACUCCCUCAACGCACCGCAAGGAGACUUUCAGACAUUGGAGCUGUGCUCAGCAGCAUAUGCCGUUCUUGAAGAGGAGAUUCGACGAUUGAAAGCACAGCUAGAAAGGCAAGCACAGGAUCCUGAUGGAAACCCAUUGUUCAACAUGGACAACCUCUACACAUGAGAAGACUCCAUCAACAAAAUGGAAUCUAUUAGGGUAUUUAUUGUGUUGUUUGGACCAUUCAGCUAUAAUUCAAUUACUUUGUGCUUUCAUGCAAACAUGUUUUGAAGCCCCCCACAGCACAGCGUUACAUGUACAUGUUUGCAUUCAUUGCAAGUCUCAGAACUCACCGCAUAGCGCAGUUCAUUUGUGGAAAUGCAUUUUCAGUGUCAAAAGCCUGGCUCAUAUUCCUCGGGCAAAAUUAACGGGGAAGCUAAUUUGUUAAGGGGAACUGCAAAUGUCGC